GACGUCAUUUCCUGGGUCAGAGUUCGUGUUGACAUCCGCAGACACACUGCUUUGUAAUGGCAGAACUGGACAUUGGCAAGCAUUGUCAGAUCGACUCCUGCAACCAGAAAGGUAAGUUUGGCUAUCACACUAAAGCUGAACAGAAGGUUGCCUUUAUUAAUGAUAAUCCGCUGUAAAUAGCUAAUAAUAGACACACCGAAUACUUUUGAGCAUCGCUAGUUAGCUAUGUAGCGUUAGCAUUACUCUGCUGUUAGGAGUCUCAAAGUUCGCUGGAUGAGUUUUUACAAGGAGUUUAUUGUGUUUUUAGUAUCACUGUUCCUUAUUUUUUUCCCAUUCAGAUUUUCUUCCUUUUGUUUGUGACCUCUGCAGUGGAGUUUACUGGUAGGAAAUCAUGAUCAUUCGACUUGAAGACAUCUGUAAAGACAGAAAAUAAAGAAAAUAUGUCAAUAUACACAAAUUUUACAGUUCACACUUCAUGAAGUACAUGUCUUGGUCAAAGUCUCAGUUGGUUGGUUUCCCAACAAGAAUAUUUGAGGUGUAAAUAUUAGAUUCAUGUUGUACCACCAUUUAUUUCUGUACCAGACAGGCUACAAAUUUCAGGAGGCUGCGCAAAGAAAUGUUGAAAUUCAUCACUGAGAUGUGGAAACCAAAGAGUAUCAAGUUGCACAUGUUCAUUGUUGAGUAAUGUAUGUUAUAAAUCUGAGAUCUUAAAACACGUUUCUCUUUUUUUCAGUCUUGAGCACAGAAGCAGAGAGGCUCAUUCAUGUCCAGAGGUAUGCUAUAUUGUUUUAUUUCCCACACUCUCCAGAAAUUGACUCUGUCCGGUUGUUUACAAUUUGGCUGAGUGUUCGUCUCUUCCCUUUUUAGGAGCCUGUAAAAAGGGAACCCAAGACUGAGGGCGGAAGCACAAGUUAUCCAUGUACAUUUCAAGAAUGCAAGGGGAAGGAAUUAUUACCAGUUAUUUGUCCACAUUGUGAAAAACAUUUCUGUUUGGCGUAAGUGUAGAGUUUUAUCUUUUUCAAUGACUCUUUAUAUCAGCAACAGCACUUGUUAUUUACUUGAUAUUAAUACUCCUAACAAUGAAACUGCUCAACUCAAGAGUUCACAUUCCUUUUCAUUGUGCUUAACAGCCAUCGUCAUCAAGAUGAUCACAAGUGUGAGAAGCUGGAGAUCCAAAAGCCUCGAAUGGCUGCCACAAAGGAGCUGGUUCAAAAGAUUGUUGGUUAGUCUCAGUAUUGCAAAUUAAUUAUCUGGCAUCUCUGUUAUGCCAUGUUCGUCCACAUGGGAUCAGUAUUUAUCUUCAUUUUCUCUGCUUCACCACAACUCAUCUAAACCUGUUUUUAUGCAUAAUUUUAUUAACAUUUACUUUAUGUUUGUUAUACACUCUUGUUGCUACCCAGAGUCAAAGGAUGGAUCCAAAAGCAAAGGACGCAAAGGAGCAAAAAACAGUGCAACUGCAGCCAAGGUAGCACUAAUGAAACUGAAGCUGCAUGCUGCAGGAGACAAGGGACUGCCACAAGUAAAAAUACACCUGCCUUGACAGUGGGAUAUCUCAAAACCAUUACUCUUCAUAUUAAAGAUGCAUGUUACCCUGGUGUAUGAUUGGUGAUUGAACUGACCAUUUUCUCUCACUUGUUUUUGGUGUUCAGACAGAAAGAACCUACUUCCGGGUGUAUCUUCCUAAAGAAUCAAACGAUUCCAGCCAGCCCAUGUUCUUCUGUUCUAAAUGGUCUGUAGGCAAAGUAGUGGAUUAUGCAGCCUCUCUAGCCAACCUCAAGAACAACAAUAAUGUUCUCACAGCCAAGGUAAAUGAGUCAUUCCCUUCCAACAUUUUUAUCCACCACCUUUCAAUGUAAUAACCUUCUUUUUCUUUAAGUUCAUUUCUAGGCUUUUCAGUCUUUUCAUAGAGAAAACAGGACAGUGGAUAGAGUAGGAAACCAGGAGGAAGUGUGGGAAAUCACAUGAUAGAGGUCCACAGGAUUAAGUUUAAUCUGGACCACCUGUUUUAAGGACCACAGCCUUUGUACAUGUGGCCUGAGAGUUGGACUGCUAGGUCAAACUGGCAUCUCUUUGAGACAAUUUUCAUUCCCUCUAAUGACUUCCUUUGGCUUAAAUAAAAUAUGAACCUUAAAAAAUAGAUCUCUAAAAAGAAGUUUCAUCCAUAUCUUAGAAUAUUUUAACUUUUUUCCACAGACAACAUGCAGUUUAUUAAGAGCUAGACUGUAACUACUUAAUAGUGCAGUUAUUUGUUACAGUCAUCAAUAAGGUGUCCUCUUCUUUUUUAAUAAAUCAGUGCAAACUUAACUUCUAAAGCAGCAAAAUUGAGUCUUAUCUGUUACGAUUAAGUGUGUGUCAUGUCCCUGCUUUGGUUUAUCGCUGAUUUAGUUACACAAUUUUUCCAACAGCCACUAUAUCUGACUAUAAAUCUGACCCAAUAUAAAUUUAACAAUACCUGUCAGGGUAGAGCAGACUGUUACUACGAGAUAGAGGCAAUUGCUGUGGACUCUGCUCUAUUCCGAUAACACACUUUUGAAAGUACUGAUAAUUUCAAUCACAAUGCAUUUAGUUCAAUGUAACAUCAGAAUGUUCACUAUGGCUUUAAAGAAAAUUAAAACUAUGCAGCAAAGUGAAAGAAAAAUGUUUGAGCUUUACAGAAAGAGGCCUCGAAGCAACAGAAAUUGAAAACAUUUGAAUAGCAGUUUUCUCACAGAUCACCACUCCCCUGAAUGUCAGAAUUCCACAUAUAUUAACAUUUACAUUAUUUUGAGUUAUUUUACAGGUCAAGUUUUCCUCAAAAUGUCAAUGAGUUGUAAAUCUGGUGCUAGUUGUAUGUUAUUCCUAAUUUAGCUUAAACCAUGCAUCUCUUUUGACUGUAUCUGCAGAAACUGCGGUUGUGCCACCCUCAGACAGGUGAAGCUCUCAGGAUGGAUGACACCUUACUCUUGCUGCUAGCUCAUCCAGACGCUCCCCUGUAUAAUGGUGGAAAUGUGAUCCUGGAGUACCUGGACAAUGAGAGCACAGGCCUGGAGGACGUUUCUGACUAUAUCACACAAACCUGACAAACCAGCACUGACUUCCAUAUGGAUAAUACUCUAUAUACUGUAUAUUCAGGUUGUACUUUUGUGCAUUACAUUAAUCUGUCAAUAAAAUGCUCCUAUGAAUUGUUGGAGAUUUACAGGUUGUACACAUUAUUUUAAAAUCAUGAUGGAGGCUGAUGUCUUAUUCUUUUGACCACCAUGCCAAGAUAAUAGACAGUGACAUACUGCUUGCUCCAAUAUUAAAAGAUCCCUAUGCUUUUACUAAGUAUGGAGGCAAUGCUAAACCUUUAAUAAAAUAAAGUUCAACACA